UUCUGCCUGACAAAGUUCCCGGAGCCGCAUCUGCAUUUGUGGCUGUUCACUGCGCGCGGCGGGAGAAGGAGAGAAACAGUCGCGCGGAGGAGGAAACCUUUUCCUUUAACACCCCAAAGUCGUUGUUUUUGUUUCCGAGAGGAUCCUAAUCCCUGUAGAAAUGUUCCCGAGCAAAAUAUUUUUUGGGGGGAUUUCUUUAAAAAAUAAAUAAAUAAAUAAUUAAACCGACGCUGUCGCUCGUGCCGCCGGUGGAGCCGUUGUUUUGCGUCGCUUGCGCAAUGUGCCACGACGCUGGCACGCGGAUUGAUGCUGGAACGUUUUGGAAUUUAGCUUAAAGUUUUUUUGUCCGUGAAAGGAAAAAAAAAAGAAUAAUAACUUGGAUGUGGAGUGUUUUGCGUCUUUGGAUAAAUGGCAUGUUUUUUGUCUUUCUUCGCGCGGACCUUGACGGAGACUCGGUAUAUUUAAUGUGACGUUUUGUCGGAGCCGUUCUACGACAUGCUGCAUGGUCACGACGGGGGAACCGACACACGCGGAUACCGGAUAUCUUCGACGUGCUCGUGCUGCGGCGGAGCUCUGAUUGAGCCGCGGAACCGGCGGUGGCUGCUGCGCGCGACGGCUCCGGUUUGCAGGCUGGGAAAGACGCGUGCCAUGCGGAUGAUUCGGGACGCAAGACGCAUAUGAAAACCCCCUACCGACUGUCGACACCGAUGAGCUCUGCCAUGCGACGGCGAUGGUUUGUGGUGCUGCUGGUGCAGGCAUGGCUUUCUGCGAGUUUUUCUAACGGUGAGCGGCCAUGCCCACGGAGCUGCCGCUGCGAUGGCAAGAUUGUUUACUGCGAGUCCAGUGCAUUCCGUGACGUGCCAAAAAACCUGUCUGGUGGCUGUCAGGGCUUGUCUCUGCGAUACAACAGCUUGGCAAGCUUGCGUGCUGGCCAGUUUGUUGGCCUCAACCAGCUCAUAUGGCUCUAUCUUGACCACAACUACAUCGCAACCGUGGACGCUCGUGCCUUUCAAGGAAUAAGGAGGCUCAAAGAGCUAAUCCUGAGCUCCAACAAAAUCACGCUCUUGCAUAAUACCACAUUCCAUCUGGUACCAAAUCUGAGGAACCUUGACCUGUCGUACAAUAAACUGCAGGCUCUGCAACCAGGUCAGUUCCAAGGACUGCGUAAACUCAUCAGUUUGCACAUGCGAUCCAACUCCUUGAAGAAUCUACCGUCUCGCCUCUUUCAGGAUUGUCGCAAUCUCGAAUUCCUCGACCUUGGCUAUAAUCGUCUGCGCAGCAUCACGCGUAAUGCGAUGUCAGGUCUUGUGAAGCUGACGGAACUCCACCUCGAGCAUAAUCAGUUCUCCAAAAUCAACUUUUCCAACUUCCCCCGGCUUUAUAACCUACGCGCUCUUUACCUGCAGUGGAAUCGCAUCCGGACCAUGAGCGAGGGACUUACAUGGACCUGGAGUUCUCUACAGAAGUUGGACCUUUCAGGGAAUGACCUACAGGAACUGGAGUCAGAGGUCUACAAAUGUAUGCCAAACUUGCAGACGCUUAAUGUGGAUUCCAACAAGCUGGUUAACGUCUCUCAGGAAGUUGUGUCGGCUUGGAUAUCCCUAAGCAUGAUCAGCCUAGCUGGAAACAUGUGGGACUGCGGACCUGCCGUCUGCCCCCUGGUAGCUUGGCUGAAAAACUUUCAAGGGAACAAGGAGACUCCCAUGAUUUGUGCCUCACCCAAAGAAGCUCAAGGUGAGAAAGUCUUGGAUGCUGUGGAGGCGAGUGGUGUGUGCAAGGUCAGUCAUGUUACUCCCUCAUUUGCGAGUUCUACAACGACCCUUUCUGGUGCCCCUGCUCUGAACGCAGCCCUUCCUUUCGCGCCUACUCUUCAUUCCGGAGGAAGCAGAAGGGGUCAAGGCACACCCUUGCAACACCCCACACCUUCUAGACCACCGCAAUCUGAUGUCUCUCAACCCGAGCAAGAUUUUGAGCCAGUGUCCUUCCACAAGAUAGUAGCAGGGAGCGUUGCACUGUUUUUAUCUGUUGCAAUGAUUCUCCUCGUGAUUUACGUGUCGUGGAAGCGCUAUCCGAGCAGCGUCAAGCAGCUGCAGGAAAACACUUCAGCUGCUCGCAAACGUCGAAAAAAGUCCAGGGAGACUGAACGUACACUCAGCACCCCCUUGCAGGAGUAUUACGUGGACUACAAACCUUCAAGCUCCGAGGCCACAGAUGUUCUGGUCAACGGAACCGGGCCGUGCACGUACUCCAUAUCCGGUUCCAGAGAAUGUGAGGUUCCUCACCAGAUGAGCGCUCUGACCUUCUUUCGUUACGAACAGCCCGUUCUGGAUUACUGCCAAGCCCAUCAGCCGAUGCGCCUCAACGUGAACUACGAUUGUCCGCCUCAGGGCCUCGACGAUCUAGCGCCACGUGACAGGGGCACCAUUCAGACCGUGGCUCUACCAGCUGUUCCACCCUCUGGCUCACCUCCUAUCCUGAGAACACCGGUACAAGGCCCUGGCAUUCCUUACCCGGGGACGGAGCGCUCCGUAAAGUACCCGUCCAUCGAGCGGCCUACGAGCACCCUCACCUUCCGACGCUAGCGCUCUCAGACGAUGACACAGAGUCUUUUUUUUUUUGGAUGCUAAUGACCCUUUCAGGAGUUAGCGCCUUUGGAGAAGGAAUUUCAUUCCACAAAAGGAUCGAAAUUAACGCGGAAGGAUUGUGGACUUUUUUUUUCUGGAGGAUCUACAGUAUAAAAGAGCCGACCGAGGACUCUCGACUCCGGCGUUCGAUACGCGAUACUCCGUGUACAGGGAGAUGGGAUUUCACUUGUGUUUUUUUUUUGUUGUCAUUUAGUUUUUUUUAUUCUUCUUUUCGACACAAACGCUGCUCUUCUGAGUCCUGUUCAAUGGAAAAUUGAAACUCGAUACAGCAUGCGUGGUGCGUUAAAUGGCACUUUAGUUGCUGUUCUGUGUCCUUUUCGUGCCAAACACGACGGGACGUUGCCUUUGAAAUGCUGAUAAUGGUGAUUCACUCACGCUGUGUCGAGAAUGAAACAGAACGUGCAAUAAACAAGUUUCGUAUUGGGAGGGGAGAAAAAAAGGGAGGGG